AUGAGGUUACUCAAUGCCCGAGGAUCUCAGCCGGUUAAUACCUUCGUCGUUGACACAUGUGGGGCAUGUGGAGUCCCUGGGCAUAGAUCCGAAGUAUGCCCCACAUCAUUCGAGCAGGACUCCGGUGAACAUGCUUUACAGAGAUACCAAAACCGGCCAGACAAUGACCCAUAUUCAAACACUUACAAUCCGGGAUGGCGGAAUCACCCCGCUUUCUCAUGGUCAAACAACUCGAACACCCUUCAGCCACCCCGUCCAAAUUUCAUGCAGCAACAACCUCGACCAAACUUUGUGCCCCGUCCGAACUACCAGGCACAGCAGCAGCAGCAGAGGGGACCGGAAGCAGGGUCGAGUUCAAACUUUCAAGAUGAUGUUGCUAAAAUCCUUCAAUUUAUGGCUAAAAGAGAGCAGCGAGAUGUCAAUCAGGAUGCCUCCAUCAAGCGCAUUGAGACACAGUUAGGCCAACUGGCUGCUCGGAGCGGGAAGGAAGUGGACAACAAAGUGCAGUUGCCCGAGCCCGAAGAUCCGGAGACUCAUUCAGAAAAGAUCAAGGAAGCAGAGCUAGGGAAGGUGACAGAAGAGCCGGUGCUACAUAAGUCGCCGAAUCCAUAUAAGUCGCGUAUUCCUUUUUCGGACCGACUUAGGAACGAGAAGCAAGAGAAGCAGUUCCGGGAUCUUUUCAGCAUGCUCUCCAAAGUGAACGUCAACUUGCCACUCCUCGAUGUGAUUAAGAAUAUGCCAUCAUAUGGUAAGUUCUUCAAGGACUUGGUGACCAAAAAGAGGAAGUUUGAGGAUGGAGAGAAGGUGGUGGUGUACGAGGCGGCAAGUGCCAUGCAGCACGACUUGCCCAAGAAGGAACGUGACCCCGGUGGUUUCAGGGAUGCUUGA